CGUCAUUGCGUCACUUGGGCCAGGCCUGUGACGUAGCUCCUGUAUCUGUGGAACGGCUUCCAGAAGAAAUAACGGAGGACUCUUCGUGCUGUUUUCGCGUCCGCUUCCCCGGAAAAGAGUGAUUUGAGGACCCUGCCCACACUGACCAUCCGCCCCCCCCAGUGUCUGUUCAAUUGGAGGGUGAUUGACAGUGGACCAGCAGCCAUGUCUUACGGGAAGGCGGGUGGCUCUUACUUGCAGCCGCGGGAUUUCGGCUCCCUCAUACAGACAUGCAGCACCAACGUACAGAAGAUCACGCAGAACACUGCGCAGAUGAAGACUAUGCUGUACCAGCUAGGAACGAAGCAGGACACCAUGGAGCUCCAUGACAAACUGCAGCAAGCACAGCACUCUACCAACCAGCUGGCCAAGGAGACCAACAGAUACCUGAAGGACCUGGGCUCACUGCCACUGCCCCCAUCGCCCUCUGAGCAGCGCCAGCAGAAGAUCCAGAAGGAGCGCCUAAUGAACGACUUCUCGGCUGCACUCAACAACUUCCAGGUGGUGCAGCGGCGGGCAGCUGAGAAGGAGAAGGAGUCAGUGGCCCGUGCCCGAGCUGGUUCCCGACUUUCCGCCGAAGACAGCCGCGAUGAGCAGCUUGUGUCCUUUGAAAAUGAUGACUGGGGACUGCAGCGUCAGACCCAGACGGAGGAAGCCCCCAUCACUGAGGAGGACAUGGAGCUGAUCAAGGAGAGAGAGAUCAGCCUGCGGCAGCUAGAGUCUGACAUCAUGGACGUGAACCAGAUUUUCAAGGACCUGGCAGUGAUGAUUCACGACCAGGGAGAAAUGAUUGACAGCAUCGAGGCGAACGUGGAGAGUGCCGAGGUCCACGUGGAAAGGGGUGCGGAGCAGCUGCAGAGGGCUGCCUACUACCAGAAAAAGUCCCGUAAGAAGAUGUGCAUCCUGGCUUUGGUGCUGGUGGUGGUGGGCACCAUCCUGGGCAUCAUCAUCUGGUAUGCAGACAAAUGAGCCGGAGUCCUACCUCUGUCUCUGAGCCUGGAAGCCAUGCAAGUGAAGGGGGGGAUUGUGUGGGUUUAUGGGGCCUGUCUAAAAGGUGACCUCACUGGAGAUGGGGGUGGAGUCAGAGGCGGGGCAUAAGAAGGCUCUGCCUUGGGGAUGCUUCCCAUAUAGAAACAUUUGUAGACGUUUCCACUGCAGCAGUAAAGCCCAGUGUUUUUCUGUUCCUCAGAUCAUAUUUAUGACCCAGUGAAGGAGAUGAAGUGAGAAAAAGAUUGUAAUUAAUAUUUCAAUAAUUCCCAUAAUGUUUACUGCACUAACACUAAACUGUAUCUUUGUAUUGUGAUGAACAUAAAUGAUUGUCAGUAUAUUUAUUCUGUGUGUAUGUAUGUCUAUGAUUUAUUGGGGAACGCUGCAGUGUCCAACCAAGUUUACAUUUUUUGAAAUUAGUCUUUAUUCAUGCAUUUUGGGCCCCUGCAGCUCUGAGCACAACUCAUGAACUUUCCCAUCCUUUGUGAUGUUAUGUGUUUUUGAGGGUAAAAUUAAAAAUUCCAUGAAAAUGGCAACAUGAAUGGAUAGGAUGACAAGAGUAGUACUCCACUGCACAAGUUGUUGUGAAUCAAAUCAAAUUAUCCUUCAAGAACAUCAUAAUCUCAAUUUUCUUUUAAUAUUUUCCUUUAUUUUGUGUUUAUUAUAAAUGAAGAUUGACUGUGUGUACAGUAUACAUGUGUAUAUAUAUCACACAUACAAUAUAUAAACUGUGUGAAAGUAAAUUGUCUCAAAAAUGUUAUGGUACUAUUAUUUAUAUUUUUUGCAACAUUCAUCCUACUUCGUUCAUAAAACAUGUACAGUUACUAAGCACUCAAACAAUAGUGUCCGUUAGAGGAGAACAUCUGCUGGUGGCUGAAAGGAGCUGCUUGCAGUGACACACUCACCCAUCACUGUCACACUGUAAACCGUUUUUUUAAUAAAUUAUGGUCUUCCUUGUAAAGUCAUCACGUUGGAUCUCUGAAAUCUCUGUCUGACGGUGAUCUGCUUUCACUGAUACUCUCCACCUUCCGAUCUCAGGAGGCACGGCAGGUGGUGAUGUCGUGAUCGUCAUAGGGACAUAAUGAGCCACAGGUAUUUUUGACUUCAGAACAAGCUAAACAAAAGGAACAGUCCUGACACUCGAGUGGGAUUCAGAGAGGGUGAAACUGGGAUCAGGGGGAUUCUAGAUAAUCUCACAGUUGACCACACUCCUCUUUUGGCUCCAUGCAGGACUCUAUACCUGAUGCUCAUCAGGUUCUUCAGUCACCUCAAGUGAAAAAGAAGAUGCUCUUGUCCAGGUGUUGUGCAUGCUCUUGUGCAGCUCGCGCAACGUCCAGCAGGUGUCGGUGUUGCAUGUUAAGCACAGCUUUGUUGGCACUCUUAAGCACUGGACCAAGAUCCCUUUUUUCCAACUUAAUGCUGAAAAAGUGACCAAGUUAGGAAUUUGAAGUGAUUAUAGAAUGGAGCCUGUUUUUCUCCUGCCUUUCUGUCUUUUCCCCUAUUUUUAUUUUCUCUUUCUCCAUUUUUCUGUUUUUUGGCCUUAUAAAAUUUAAAUUCCAACAUCCAUGGCCAUUCCUACAUUUCACAACUUUUUAUGAGCGAAGGGGCCUCGGCUCAGCCCGUCCUUCCUGUGCAGAGCGAUACCCGUAGAGCUGUGUGAACGAAGAGCAACUUCAGGUUGUGGUGAAAACAGUCCUCUGUGGUGGUUGUGCUACCGUCCCCUUCAGCCAAGGUUCGAGUGGCUUUGUGAUCAACGAUGACCAAUGAAACGUGCAGAUCCCGUUCCUGCUCCUACUCAGAUCAAGGCCAGUCCACCACAGAGCACAGUCUAACAGCACUGAUUCUUUCUGCUUUAUUUGCCCUGAAGCCAUGAGCCGUUCCUGGUUUAACGAAGCCUGUCGAUGCAUUGGCUGAAGCCGGUGAUGCAGAUUGAUACAGUGAUUCUCCUGGGUGUGUGUCUGUGUGCUGGAUUUCCUUUCACACACCUUGUCAGUGCUGCUGUCAUCUUGUUUGAUGCUUCCUGCAAAGUUCAGCUCCAGGAACAGGUGCUUUUUUUCCCAACCAUACUGUUUUUCUGCGGUACCAUAUAUCUUGUAACUUUUAUUUCACAUUGAUAUUUUAAUCUUGUUUCACAAAAGGCCACUUUGUACCAUUAAUUUUGCCUUUAACAGUGAACUGAGUUUCACCCUUCUUUUUUCAUUUCCCCAGAACUACGGUGUGCCGGGAAACCCUGAUCUCUGGCAAAGCGAUGGACCGCUGCCCAGUCCCCGUGUGGCGUGCGCAUGAAUGCCUUGGCCACAGGGGCCACAGGGGCCACCCGAGCGUGUGGUCGGAAGCAGGAAAGACUCGCGUUCUCUUUGAGCUCCUCGGGUCGUGCGGGUCACUGACCUCCCAGACAACCUUGUGGUUGGCCUUGUGUAAGAGGAAGGACCUGGGCUGCUGGCGUGAGAACCUGCCAAGACGUCCAGGCAGAGAAGCUCCUCUUGUUAGAUUGUUCUCAGCUCAGCCUGCAAUGCCGGUGAAAGAAGAUGGCGACACCCCGUUUCCCUGUCAAACUGCCCUGUUAUUUUUUCCCUCCCUGUGAAAUGUAGUCGUGGGCCCCUUUCUGAGCGAUCACGCAAUCCCUGGCCCCCAGACUCGCCGUACCGCCACUGCUCGGGAAUGUGCAUCUGAGCCCUGUUUGUCCUCAUUGAGGGGAGAUCUCACUCUCCUUCCUCUUCAAAGAGGACGUGUUAUAGUUUCCCGCGGUAGAAGCCGACCAGUGCUGCCACGAGACGCUAAGGAAUUUGGGCAUUGCCAGAAACCCCAUCUGGCAGCCAUUUAGCCGCCUGUUCAGGGUCGCAAUUCACGUGGGGUUAACGGCAAACCAGUGCUUUGUUAUUGGUGCUGUGUGAAGCGCCCCCUUCAGGGAGAAAACUGUAGCACAGCGAGGCAGAAGCUGCAGCCGAGGGCCACGUUUGGCACGCCGCUUCAGCGCUUCACCAUUUGCAUCUGCACUCAUAGUCACAUUCCUCCUCUAACAUGUGAACGUCUGCAUUUAUUCAUUCAUGAAGCGCUUUUCAGCACCGUGGCUCGUCUAGCUCAGAGCCAUAACAGACGGGAGCUACAGGUAGAGACAAACAGAACCUCGCAGCUGUGUAGAACUGUCUAGAAACAAACAGGUGGUGUAUAUCUGUAUGCCUGUUUAACUGUGUACUUGUCCUCUGUCACCCAAAGACUGCUCUCCUGUUUCACCAAAGCUCAGUUUUCUGUGGUUUUUGUGACAGGUGCAGUAUUCUGUGUCAUUCCAUCGCUGUGGAAACUCACACACACAUUGACUGAAACAGCUUGUCCCAAGCGGGGUUGCGGUGAGCUGGA